AGUCGGUGGAAGUGCAGCAGCCACUUCUCUCCGAAGCGCUAACUCACUCACAUCAGCAUCCUCACCGCAGGUUCCGUUUCGGAGUCUCUUAAGCGCGCAAAGAUGUUCUACUUCCACUGUCCACCUCAGCUGGACGGAGAGUGCUGUCGCUCCAACACGCUGAAUUCAGGCGGAUUUGGCAACCACGCCCCAACUGAUUUUGACGAUGGAUUUCUACGUAGGAAACAGCGCAGAAACAGAACAACAUUUACUUUGCAACAGUUGGAGGCUUUGGAGGCUGUUUUCGCCCAGACCCACUACCCGGACGUGUUCACGCGGGAGGAGCUGGCGAUGAAGAUCAACCUGACCGAGGCCAGGGUGCAGGUUUGGUUUCAGAACCGCAGAGCAAAGUGGAGGAAGACAGAGCGAGGGAGCUCGGACCCUGAAGGAGGGAAAGAGCAGAUGAGUGAGGGAACUCCUCCAUCUCGCAGCAUCAACUCUCAGUCCCCAGUGGACCAGGGCAGAAAACAGAAAGAACCACUGGAGAUGCAGCCAAGUAUCAACAGGACAGUGGGUCCUGGUGGUCCUUUCUUUCCAUCCUGCUUACCAGGCACCCUCCUUAACUCUGCCACCUAUGCCCAGGCUCUCUCGCAGGUCGCCACUCUGAAAGGUAAUGGCUUGUGCUCGUGCUGCGUUUCGGACCCCAUGGGCUUGUCCUUCCUGCCACCCUAUGGUUGUCAGGGUAACCGCACAGCCAGUGUGGCCGCCCUGCGCAUGAAGGCCCGUGAGCACUCUGAGGCUGUGCUGCAGUCUGCUAACCUGCUUGGUGCAGCAACCGGACCAGGUGCCAGCGUGGGAGUCCUGUCGGGAGUCGGCGUGAGCGCAGCUGGGGUGGUAAGACCCUCGGUGGGUCCUCCCAUUGAGGUGUCAGGCGCUGUUGGAAGAGGGGGAGAUAGCUCCAGUCCCAUCUUGGCCUCCAAGGUCCCAGUCCUGGGCAGCAGUCCUGACAAGCACCCUCACUGCCCUAAGGAACCACUGGAGAAAAAGUAAAGGCGCUGGACACAAACGUGGAUGUACCGAUACUCUAAAUCUGUGUGACUGUGCCUGCUGUAACUACUCGACCCUGGCUGUAUGAGAAACUAAGCACAAAUGACUGACUCCAGAAACAGCCUGGGAUGGACUUUUCUCAUAUCACACUGUAUGGAUGCAAACAUUUAACUAUUUAUUUGACAGUAAGUUAUGAUUGUGAGAAAUGCUCAGUAACUGGGGCCUCGUUCCCUCAUAAAAGCACAACUGUGGUUUUUGGAUCUAUUAUCUGUCUUCAUGCGCUCUUGGACUCUUUCGAUGGACUUACAUAGAUACAAUAUGUGUGCGACAAAGACAUAUUUGAUAAUGUGAAUUUAAAUAAUCCUGAUGUUGUUCCUCUCAUUUUCAUUAGGAGGACUGGUGGUUACGUUGUAAACAUUAAUGCAUGUAAACUGUAAGUGUGCAAAUGGCUGGCAGGACAGUGAGGAGUUUUGCUGGAUUUUGGGUAAUAUAUUGUUUAUGGCAUCAGGUCAAGCAAUCGCCUCUCAUUCUUUUGAGUUUAAAAGUGAAAGUGCACUUUAAUAUUAAUCAGGCAUUUUAAGUGUAAAUGUGUACAUGUGCCAGACUAUGUGUGAACCCCAGGCAGGCUAAAGCAGACUCAGCGAGAGAGCGGCAGUAGUCCCUUCCACUCUGUUAGCACAUCUGUAGUGCCAGCAGACAGGGAACACACCAGUCCUGUUGUGACAUGUUCUUUAAAACAAUUAAAGAUGUACUCGCUCAUGUUCCUCUCCUGUUGCCUCUCGCUCCAGCCAUCUGUUCUAAUACAUUAUUUAUCAGUUUCCUUUAAAGCUGGGAGAGGAGAGCAUUCGUGACUCUUAUUAUUUAUUUACUUUUAGGAACGCUUGCGCUCACCCUUCCUCUCUGCGAGCCUUUUUUAAUUUUUUUUUAUUUUUAAUAAACCCCAUUAAAGAUGAUAUAUGCUAUUUGUUAAUGUUGGAUUUACAUUUGAAAAAAUAUCAUCUGUCAUCACCUCAGGGCAACGUAGUUUAUCACGGGCAAUAUAUUUGUUGAUUCAUUAUUCUUAAAUAUCUCCCCUCACUAGAAUGACUCUUGACUAUAAGACCGACUGAUCAGACUGAGAAUACUUAACCGCAGUGCACACAACCAGUAGUUGCUGAUUCAAUUUGCGUCCUUGAGGAUUUUCAGGAAAUUACUUUUGAUAGUCAAUAACACAAUUAAGUAAACUACACACACAUUAUCAUGAAUAAUUGAUAAGAAAUUAUGUAUUACCAUGAAGUAGUGGUUCAAUAAUUGAUGAGGCGACACCCUGGUGACA